AUGAUCGGCAUUAGAGAUUUAUUUUUUGGUUCGCUUGAACAACACAAAUACGAAACAGCAACAGAUAAAUAUGAAUUUACAAAAGAUAUUGUUUUAGGAAAAGGAGCUCAAGGUGUUGUCUUUCAAGGAAGAGAUAAGAAAAAUCGCAAGGAGAUAGUAGCAGUGAAACGUAUCAAACAUAGGGUGGUCUUUGAGGGACACAAGACUUGCCUAGACAAUAUCAACAAAUUUAAAAUACCAAAAGAAGAGGUUAAAAUUGUGCAACAAUUGGAUCAUCAAAACAUCAUACAGUACUUGGAUUAUGGUAGUAGUAAAGGUGCCACUGGAAGCAAAGAAUACGAAUAUAUAGUUAUGGAAUACAUGGAGAAUAAAUCACUCUCCUCGUACAUGGACAAUAACGAAUUGAUGUUUAAAGAUCAAUCACUGUUGGUUUGUGCCAUUGAUCAGAUCCUAACCGGUGUCAAAUAUCUUCACGAUCAUAACAUAGUUCAUCGAGAUAUUAAACCUGGUAAUAUUUUAGUGUCAUCGGAUCUUACUUUAAAGAUAUCAGUGAUUGAUAAAUGUUUAUCAACAAAUCCAGAUAUUGAAGAUAUCCGAUUAACGCUAGAUCUUGCAAAAAACAAAAAAGCUGAUAUUGAUCAGUCAAAUCAAGUUUCGUGGAUCAUCACAGUACCCGAUUUGCUUGAUGACCCUAAAGAUGAUAAAAAAGUCAAGUAUCAAUAUGCAAUCGAUGCUGUAAUAUUUUUUAACACAAAAAGUGCUAUGAUGAUUAGAGAAUUCAAAUACGAAACAGCAACAGAUAGAUAUGAAUUUACAAAAGAUAUUGUUUUAGGAGAAGGAGCUCAAGGUGUUGUCUUUCAAGGAAGAAAUAAGAAGAAUUGCAACGAGAUAGUAGCAGUGAAACGUAUCAAACGUAGGGUGGUCUUUGAAGAACACAAGACUUUAGACAAUAUCAACAAAUUUAAAAUGCCUAAUGAAGAGUUUAACCUCAUACGAAAAUUGGUACAUCCAAACAUCAUACGGUACUUGGAUUAUGGUAGUAGUAAAGGUGCCACGGGAAGCAAAGAAUAUGAAUAUAUAGUAAUGGAAUACAUGGAGAAUAAAUCACUCUCCUCGUACAUGGACAAUUACGAAUUGAUAUUUAGAGAUAAAUUAAGGUUGCAAGGUGCCAUCAGAGAGAUACUUAAAGGUGUUCAGUAUAUUCAUAAUAACAAUAUCAUUCACCGAGAUAUUAAACCUGGUAAUAUUUUAGUGUCGUCAGAUCAUACUUUAAAGAUAUCAGAUUUUGGAGGAAGUAAAUUGGACAUUGAACGUAGUGUCUCUACUCAUGUUGGUACAACAUUGUUCAAUUCACCUGAUCGACACUCCAAAUCAACAAAGGAAACUGAUUUAUGGAGUGUUGGCAUCACUAUAUUGUGUAUGUGUCUACAUGCAUCUUAUGGACUAAAGGGCAAGGAGUACUAUGAAUACAUUGCAACUGAAUUACGAUCGAUUCAAAAAAAGAGAUCUGUAUCACAUAUUGACAAAUUUAAUCAAAUACCAAAAUUUUAUCUUUUAGUGAUCGAUAAAUGUUUAUCAAUUAAUCCAGACAUUAGUCUUAUCAUCUCCCAAUUUAUCUUUGAAAAGGGAGUUGUUGUUACCAUUGACCUUGACGGUAAUUUUCAUAUUCUUUUCCAUCCGGUGAGUGGUAAACUGAUACGAUUCGGACCCUCUGCUCUCCAAGAUCGUGAUAAUGGCGAAAUUAUACGAUUGGGCCACAAUGCCCUUGACGAUGAUGCCAAUGCUAUCUUUACUUUGACAAAAAUGGAAUUAUUUGAUAAAAAUACAGAACGAAAGGUCAGGUCGAACAAUUCCACUCAAACUGUUUCUACCAAACAUCUCAUAACAGAGAUUCUCAAAUAUUUAAGACAAACAAGUUUGGACAAAAUCAGUGGUGGCAUCCAAAUUGAACCAAGAGAUAUCUUGUGGGUAAUCCAAGUCCCCGAUUCAUUGGAUACCAACUUAAGAAAAUUAAUUUCUCAGUAUUCAAUCAAUGCUGGUUUAUGUACUAUUGCCAAUCAUGAUGCUUACAAACAACUAGGGAAUGGAAAUAUGGAAACUAUUAUUAGUCCAUUUGGUGGAUCAAUAGACAGCAAUCAAUAUUUCAAGAAAUUCUUAUUGGAUUUACUUGGUGAUAAAUCCAAUAGUUAUGAUUUCAUAAAGAUGGUGGACAUGUUUGAAAAAAUAACAGGAGAAUUGGGUGAUGAAACAAGAUAUAUCCCAUUGGACCCAAACUUUGUUUUUAAGAAUAGAGAUUGGUUAGGGCAACAAAUUGAAAAGUUAAAUCAACUAAAUGGUACCAAAAUCGGAAUCGGCAGAUCAGGACAUAUAUCUAUCCCAUUUCAAACUUUUAUCGAGUUCCAUAACCCAAUAUUCAAAAAUAUUAUCGACAGUGUCAAAGAUCAAAUGAAAUGUAACCCCUCGAUCAACAAACCAGAUUUUAUCUUUAUGGUUGGCAGUUUAAGUGAAAACUAUUUCCUUCAAGAAAUGGUAAAGAAAGAGUUUGCAUCGACUGGUGCUAAAAUCAUAGUUCCACAACGACCAAGCCAAUAUUUUACCAAGGGAGCUUGUAGACUUGGUCUAUAUCAUUUAGCUAAUAUGUUAGAUUCAGAUUGUAAAUCAAAGUAG